CAACCGAGGCUGCCGGCCUCUCCGUCCCCGUCCGCAAUAUAACCACCCCCCACCACCGCACACUCCAGUAGUCCAGUGGCGACUCCGCUCCUCCCCACCGCGCGCGCGCGCACAACGCCACCCAACCAUCACCAAUGCCUCCUCCGGCUCGCCUCGUUCCCCUCCUCGUCCUCGUCCUCUUCCAUCUCCCCUUCUCCCUCUCCCGUCACCACCACCGCCACACCCCGUCCGCGUCCCCGUCCCCGUCCCCGUCGCCGGCGUCCUCCGACUCGGCGCCACUCGCCGUCCUCCUGGCCUGCAACGCCACCCGCUUCCAGCCGGCCUGCGUCUCCACGCUCUCCGGCGCGGGGUCCGGCGCCUCCACCCCCGACCUCCUCGGCGCAUCGCUCUCCGCGCUCCGCGCCCGCAUCCCGCCCGCCGUCUCCACGGCCAAGUCCGUCCUCGCCGCCUCCUCCAACGUGAACCUCUCCAACGCCGCCACCAACUGCCUCACCUUCCUCUCCCUCUCCUCCCACCGCCUCUCCCCGUCCCCGUCCCCGUCGCUCCUCUCCGCGUCCACCGCGCUGCUCCACCUCUACGACUGCUGGUCCGCGUACAAGUACGUCAACUUCUCCCGCACCAUCUCCGACGCCAUGGCCUACCUCGACGACACCAUCGCCGUCAACAGCAACUACAUCUCCAUGCUCGCCGCGCGGCAGCGCUACGGCGACGAGACCUCCCUCUGGCGCCCGCCGCAGACGGAGCGCGACGGUUACUGGCCGCCCGCCGCGGCCGCCGCCACCACCGCCGAUGCCGACGUGGACGCGCUCGGCGUGCCCAGGGGCCUGCCGCCGAACGCGACGGUGUGCGCCGCGGGGUGCGACUACAAGACGGUGCGGGAGGCGGUGGCGGCGGCGCCGGACUACGGCGAUGGGUGGUUCGUGGUGCGCGUGAAGGAGGGGGUGUACAAGGAGACGGUGAGCGUGCCGUGGGAGAAGACGAACGUGGUGCUGGUGGGCGACGGCAUGGGCAAGACGGUGAUCACCGGGGACCUCAACGCCGACACGCCCGGCGUGUCCACCUUCAACACCGCCACCGUAGGCGUUCUGGCUGACGGGUUCAUGGCGCGCGACCUGACGAUCUCCAACACGGCGGGUCCGGACGCGCACCAGGCGGUGGCGUUCCGCUCCACGGGCGACCGCACGGUGCUUGACACCGUGGAGCUGCUGGGCCACCAGGACACGCUGUACGCGCACGCCAUGCGCCACUUGUACACCCGGUGCCGCGUCUCCGGCACCGUCGACUUCGUCUUCGGCAACUCCGCGGCCGUGCUCCACGACACGGCCCUCGUGGUCCUGCCCCGGCAGCUGCGGCCGGAGAAGGGCGAGAACGACGCCGUCACGGCGCAGGGCCGCACCGACCCGGCGCAGCCCACGGGGAUUGUGCUCAGCCGCUGCGCCGUCAACGGCAGCGACGAGUACAUGGCGCUCUACCGCCAGAAACCCGACGUCCACCGCGUCUACCUGGGCCGGCCAUGGAAGGAGUACUCCCGGACGGUGUACCUCGGGUGCACGCUCGCGGAGAUCGUGCAGCCGCAGGGGUGGAUGGCGUGGAACGGGGACUUCGCGCUCCGGACGCUCUAUUACGGCGAGUUCGACAGCGCCGGGCCCGGCGGCGCGGCGAGCCGGAGGGUGGCGUGGAGCAGCCAGGUGCCCAGGGAACACGUCGACGCGUACAGCGUCGACAACUUCAUCCAGGGGCACGAGUGGAUACCCAAAGCGUAGCUACACUCUUCAUGUAGAGAAAGAGAAUGUAUGUAUGGUGAACGUGCAACCGUGCCGAACAAUUGACAUGGUGGCCCUGGCGUUGCGUAUUGCAGAGUUAUGGGGAUGGAGCGAAAGAACACCAAUAAACCUGUGGCUAUCAAACGAUAGAUGGUGGACGAGAACCCGGCAAGAGUGGCCUGGCAGAAAUGGCAGGGUGAAGUGGUGGCGUGGCAGGGCAGGAAAAUGACAGGCAGAUGAUGAGCUCGGCGUGCGGUUUCCGCAAUUAGCAGGUCCUGGCAAACAACAUUAUCGCCUAGCCCUAGCCACUCGUCGUGGUCCAUCACUGAUUCACUGCAACACUGCCUGCCUGCCUUUGCAGCUG